CCAAGGUUAUCACACCUGCUCGCCUACCAUGUCUCCCCGAGAGGACUUUGAUACGUUAUUUAAAUCUAGGACGAGUACCUCACCGUGGCAAGUUUCGUUCUUGCGAGGAUGGGGAAAUGGUUCUUCAAUAGCGUUUCGUGCGCUUUUUUGCCCACAUACUUAGUCUAUUGAUCGGAGGCGGGCCAAAAGUCAACUAUCGACUGUCAUAUAGCUUCAACCUAAGCUCCCGCCUCUUACUCGUAAACGAAGCAUCUUAUUGGUUUUUUUUUAUGUUUCCUUUUCGGCCGAGUCGAGAUGAAUCAGAAUGUCGUGGUCCCGAAGCUCCCGGCCGAGAAUGGUGUUCAUGUGUGGAGGACGGCGGUGAUUAUGCCAUUCAUAACCUUCGUUUUCGUGGCCGCUAGGUUCUAUUGUCGAACCUAUGUUGUGAGGAGAUCAUGGGCUCUCGAUGACUACGUCGUCGCGGCGACGAUGGUUGCCAUCAUUAUUCACGCAGUACUAAUGGGCAUCGCGACGUAUCAUGGUAUGGGUUUACACAUAUGGCAAUUUACGCCAGAGCUUAAUUCGCAAUAUUACCUCUGGAUCGGCAUCUCUUCUGAGUUUUACGUGUUAAGCCUAGCCGGAUUCAAGAGUUCGUUACUUCUGCUAUACUUACAGCUCUUCGGCGUCCACCGCAAGUUUAGGAUAGCGUGCUACAUCACUUUAUUUUACACGCUCGGAUAUCUGACAUGCAACGCUCUCACCCAAUUCUUGGGCUGCCAUCCGAUCGCGAAGACUUGGCAGUCAAACUUACCGGGCCAUUGUAUAAACACCAUCGCGGCGAACAUCGCGUAUGGAGCUGGACACAUGACAAGCGACCUUAUCAUCGCCAUCCUUCCCAUAGUAAUGGUGUGGAAGUUACAGUUUCCGACAACCAAGCAGAAAAUUGGACUCAGUCUCGCUCUGAGCAGCGGGUUUAUAGCUUGGGCAGUCGCUUGCGUGAGAUGGGCCAUCUCGACCUACAACCAAACAAUCUAUGAUCGGCCUUGGUGGGCUGGUAUUAGUUUCGCUUUCUCAAUAAUAGAGGUCAACACAGGCCUCAUCUGCGCGUGCGCAGCAACAUUUAGCCCAUUGUUCAACGUCUUCACCACACGAGUUAGGAAUUGGACCAAUCGAGCGUCGAUAAGUUGGCACAACCAUUCCCGAAAGGCAUCAGUCAGCUGGCGCAACUCCCGAAAUGAGAAAGAUAACCCGUCCUGGAGAGCAAUAACCAUCCCCGACGAUUCCGAACCGCCGGCGCCGCCGCAACCUGAGCAUACCUUACGAAUGUCGAACGAUAGUUUGGAAGGCAGCGAAUUCAGUCUGGAGCCGAUUACCACGGCGAACGCGAUGCCGGCCGCCAGUCCGGAUGACGAAUUCGCUUACUACGAUCUCCAGGGUUUACAGGCUCUCCAUUCUGGCAAUCGGGGGAUGGCAUGACAGGCUCAUAGUUCGGACGGCUUAAAUAAUUCAAUUCGUUGAGCGAUUCCUCACGCCAUUAUCGAAAGAGACCGGGCGCGUCAUAACAGCAAGUCAUAA